UAGAAAAUGUCCUUCAUAUUAACAAGUUAGUACCAUCAUAUAUACCUCAUAUUCUAUUCGUCCUCCAUAUUUUAUCCUGAAAGUAGAAAUGGCUAGAGGAGAUUCCACCUUUCAACUUGCUAUAAUCCUUUUCCUUCUUUUGUUAACAUGUCAGCUCCUUGAAGCUCAACGGUCGAAUUCCAGUGCUGGGAAUUUAACUGUUGGAUGUGCUGAGAUGGAGAGGGAAGCUCUCCUGAAAUUCAAAGAAGAUCUUAUUGAUCUUUCAGGUUGGCUUUCUUCUUGGGUUGGAGAUGAUUGCUGCAAUUGGGUUGGUGUAGCUUGUCACAACCAGACAGGGAAUGUUUUGAGUAUUGACCUCAAAUCUCCGGAUGUCUGUGAAGCUUUUCAAGACAAUGAAGCAGCACCUUACAAUAAAUCAUGCCUGAGUGGUACGUUAAGUCCUUCCUUGCUUAACUUGACAUAUUUGAAUUACUUGGAUCUCAGCCACAACGGUUUCUAUGAAACUCCAAUCCCAGAGUUCAUAGGUUCACUAAAGAAUUUGAGGUACCUUGACCUCUCUUUAGCAUCCUUCACUGGAAUGGUCCCUCCAAGUCUUGGGAAUCUGUCAAAUUUGCAGUACCUUGAUCUCUCGAACGGUUUCAGUUCUGGAAAACUGUGGGUCACGGAUUUAAACUGGCUCUCAGGUCUCUCUUCCUUGCAAUACCUCCACUUAACAGGGACGAAUCUCAGUAUGUCAACAACUGAUUGGCUGCCAGCUAUUAAUAUGCUGCCUUCACUUUUAGAACUGGAAUUAGGCGGCUGUGGGCUCAAUAAUAUCCAUUAUUCUCUUCCAUUUAUUAAUUUUACUUCACUUUCCACCCUCGAUCUCUCUGGUAACAACUUCAACUCACCGAUACCUCAAUGGUUAUUCAAUAUAAGUUCACUUUCGGAUGUCGUCAUUUCUUUGUCGGAACUUUCAGGUUCCAUUCCUAUUGUUCCACGGGGAAACAUGUGCAACUUGCGAACUUUAGAUCUUUCCCACAAUGAUAUCAAUGGUGACAUAGAAGAGUUUAUUGAGGCUUUGUCUGGAUGCAACAACAGUACCUUGCGGUGGUUUGAUUCGAGCUCUAAUAAACUCGGUGGUAGAUUACCUGAUUCCAUAGGGUCCUUUGAGUAUUUGUACUGGCUUGAUCUUUCCAAUAACUCAUUCUUAGGUCCACUCCCAACAUCUAUAGGAAAUUUGUCGCGUUUGGGAAAACUGGAUCUUUCUUUUAACAAGAUGAGUGGUGCAAUUCCGGAAAAUAUUGGACAACUGUCAGUAGUACAUCAAUUGAAUGUCCAUGGGAAUUCUUGGGAAGGUGUUAUCACCGAAAAUCAUUUACAGAAUCUCACAAGAUUGCGUGAUUUUUCCUUAUCAUCAAAGGGCAAUGCUCUGGUUUUCAACGUGGAGGCCAAUUGGAUCGCUCCCUUCAGUCUAUUGAGCUUAGCAUUAAGCGGUUGCCAACUUCCUGCGUUUCCUUCCUGGCUUAUAACUCAAGUGCGUCUGUCUGAAUUAACAAUCUCAAGCGCUUCUAUCUCAGACAACAUACCUGAUUGGUUUUGGAGAUUAUUACCAAAUAUUUGGUGGUUGGAUCUUUCUCAUAAUAAGUUAAGAGGUGAGCUUCCCCACACAGUAAGUGUAAGUCAUGAGGCAUGGAUUAAUUUGGGAUUCAACCGUUUGGAGGGUUCACUUCCUCUCUGGCCAAAUGUAACAUAUCUCUAUUUGAGGAACAAUUUCCUCACGGGACCAAUUCCCUCAAACAUUGGCCAUGAAAUGUCAAGCUUGAGGAACUUAGAUCUUUCUAGAAACCUUCUAAAUGGGAGCAUUCCGCUAUCCAUGACUGAAAUGAGGAAUUUGAGUUCUCUUGACUUUUCAAACAAUUAUCUGUCUGGAGAAAUCCCUUCAAACUGGCAUGGUCUAGAGCGAUUGAUGUUUUUGGACCUGUCAAACAACACAUUAUCUGGAGGCAUUCCCAGCUCUACAUGCUCACAACCAAGUCUUAUGUCGUUGAAACUCAACAGUAACAAUCUUUCGGGCGAACUCUCUACUACCUUGCAGAACUGCGCACCCUUGGCUUUACUUGAUUUGGGAGAAAAUAAAUUCUUUGGUUCCAUACCAGUAGCUGAAAACAUGCUCUAUCUGUCAUAUUUAAGACUUCGAGCCAACAUGUUAACUGGAAACAUUCCAGAAGAGAUAUGUCAAUUUCCCAAUCUCCAUAUAUUGGACCUUGCUCAUAAUAAUUUGUCCGGGUCCAUUCCUAAAUGUCUCGGCAGUUUGAAAGCUUUCAAAUAUAAGGCCAUUCUUUUCGAAUUGCCACCCUCAGCCACACAGAUACCAUCCUCGCUACAUGUGGAGCUGGUUUUGAAAGGAAGAGAAGAUGAGUAUACGACGAUUUUUCCCCUGGUCAAUCUCAUAGACCUCUCAAGCAAUAACUUGACGGGAGAGAUACCAAAAGAGAUAACAAAUCUCUCAUUCAUGGGCACAUUAAAUCUAUCAUGGAACCAACUCACAGGAAAGAUACCGGAAAACAUUGGAAGCUUGCAACAACUGGAGACUCGAGACUUCUCAUGGAACCAUCUUUCCAGGUCCAAUAACCCUCCAAGCAUGACUUCAAUAUCUUUCUCGAAUCAUUUGAAUUUCCUAUACAACUUCUCAGGACAGAUUCCAUCAACGCGCCAAUUACAGAGUUUGCUUGAACCAUCCAUGUAUGAAGGUAACCCUUAACCUUUGUGGUCCUCCAUUGACAAACAAACUGCCAUCAGCCAAGGGCAUGGGAAGACAAGGCACAGAAUACAAGAUGGAGAGUCUGAAAAAUUUUGGUUCUUUAUUAGCAUGGGACUGGGUUUCAUCGAUUCUGGGCUGUUUUGUGGCAGUUUAAUGUUUAAAAAGUCUUGGAGAUACGCCUAUUUUCGGUUCUUUGAAAUGAAAGAUAAGCUCCUACUGAUCAUUGCUUCACGUGCUCGUUUACGGAAAAAGCUGUAUUUAAAUGAUAAAGAGAAUGUCCAAAGAGGUCCAGAGUGAGAAAGAAACGUGGUGAACAUAAGUGGACUGAAAAUGAUAGUACAAUGGAAAUGCCAAGUUGAAGAAAGCUGUAC